AUGCGGUACGUAAAAGAUGGCUGCCUAAUAAAAGGUGAAGCAAUGUCUUGCGUCAAGUAUAAAGCCUUGAAAAUUGCUAAGAAAACUUUCUUCGGUGAUUUAAAUAGCAAUGAAACUAUAAUAGCCAAUUCUAUGAUAAGUUUUGUACCGUUAGAUGAAGAAACGCUUAAGAACCUCACCUUCAAUGAGGAAGUGGAUCUAUUAGCGAAUGAACCAAGGGGCUUCUUGUCGGAGUGGACAGAAAUUGCUAAGUACUUUGUGAGCCUGGUGAAGGAGUUCUUCAAGAUGAAGGGUUUGAGGGUCAAUUUGCCGGAAGGCGCAAGGACCAUUGAAGACCAAGAGUUUGAUGGUGGUCGUGGAAAGAAGAAGAGGUUAGCGAUAAUGAUACCCUUUAUGAAUCUUAUGGCGACACUUAAGGUGAAGAUGCUACUGAUUCCCAUUCUUCUGGGUGUAAUGCUGUUAAAAAAGUUACUGUUGGUCGCGGCCUUGCUUCUGCCCAGUUUGCUCAGCACAUUGAAGGCGUGCAAGCAUCAUCAUCCAAUGACACACUACUCUUACUUCGGGGGAGACUCAUCAUCCGACUUCAACUCUGACUACGGUAGUAGUUACGCCUACUCCUCGGGCGGGGGUACGGCAAGGAUUGGCCUUCGAACCGAGCCUACACGAUCUCUAAGCACAGGCCUACUGCUUCACCAGUUUACAUAA